CUGCGGUGGGUGUCGUCCAGGUACAGCCGAAGCAGCGCCCUGUCGACGCUGGCGAUCCUGGAGCAGCGGGACGGCCAGCUGGUCCAUGGCUCGCUCAGUGCCAUCACCGCGGGCCUCAAGCUCGGCGGCCCAGUCCACGGGUUUCUGGCCGGCAGCAAGGUGUCGUCGGCCGCGGAGCAGGCCGCCAAAGUGAACGGGGUGGAAAAGAUCAUCACCGUCGAGAAUGACGCAUAUGACAAGGGCCUUCCAGAGAACUAUGCGCCAUUGCUGGUCGAAAACAUUAAGAAGGGCAACUACACGCACGUCGUUGCCGGCCACACGGCCUUUGGCAAAAGCGUCCUGCCCAGAGUCGCGGCCCUGCUUGACUCGCAGCAGAUCUCAGACGUCACGGCGAUUGAGGACGACAAGACGUUUGUGCGCCCCAUCUACGCCGGAAACGCCAUAGCCACCGUCGAAUCCACCGAUGCCAUCAAGAUUCUCACCAUCCGCGGGACUGCCUUCCCUGCGGCGACGCCAGAGGGCGCAUCUGCCACCAUCGAGAGCGGAGUGGACGCCAAGGCGGAGGCUACUUCGGAGUGGGUGUCGGAGGACCUGGCCAAGUCGGAUCGCCCCGACCUCUCGACGGCGAGCAAGGUGGUGUCGGGCGGCCGUGGCCUCAAGUCCAAGGAGGAUUUCGACAGGAUCAUGCUGCCCCUGGCCGAUGCUCUGGGCGCCGCGGUUGGCGCGUCGCGAGCCGCCGUCGACAGUGGAUAUGCAGACAACAGCCUCCAGGUUGGCCAGACCGGAAAGGUGGUUGCGCCGCAGCUGUACAUGGCUGUCGGCAUCUCGGGCGCCAUCCAGCACUUGGCGGGCAUGAAGGACAGCAAGGUCAUUGCGGCCAUCAACAAGGACCCGGAUGCGCCCAUCUUCCAGGUCGCCGAUGUCGGACUUGUUGGCGACCUCUUUGAGAAGGUGCCGGAAUUGACUGAGAAGAUCAAGAGCUCAUAA